UAUGCAGAAUGACCCAAUCAUCAAAUAUGUUGCUGCUGCUAUAGAAAAAGAAGGGAUCAGCGCUUUCCGUUUUGAUUUCUCUGGGAAUGGAGAGAGUGAAGGCAGUUUCUAUUUUGGUAACUACAACUAUGAAGCUGAUGAUCUACGUUCUGUUAUCCAAUACUUCACUAACAUGAACCGUGUGGUUCCUAUCAUUCUUGGCCACAGUAAAGGUGGUAAUGUAGUCCUUGUUUAUGCCUCCAAGUAUCACGAUAUCCGCAAUGUAAUCAAUCUCACUGGAUAUUCUGAUCUGAAGAAAGACUUAGUAAGGCGUCUUGGGGAAAAUUAUUUGGAAAGAAUUGAGCAACAAGGAUACAUUGAUGCUAGGGAAGAAUGGCGUAAUAUAAAGGUUAUCGACUAUCGUGUUACCAAGGAGAGCUUAAUGGAAAGGUUAAACACUAAUAUGCAUGAAGUUUGCCACAAGAUUGACAAAGAAUGCAAGGUCUUGACGGUUCAUGGAUCGGCUGACGAGGUAAUACCUCUGGAAGAUGCCAAGGCGUUUGAGAAGAUCAUACCCAACCACAAGCUGGAGAUUGUGGAAGGAGCUGAUCAUUGUUAUAACGAACAUCUAAGUCAGCUAGCUACAACAGUUAUGGAGUUUAUAAAGACAGCCAUUGUGAACAACUAGUAUUUUGUUCUCUCUCUCUGAGUUAUAAUAAUGUUCCUGAUGCCAUAAAACAUAAAUUUUCCAAA